CCGCACACCUUACGAUUGGUCUGCGACCCGAUUUCAGAAUAAAAUGUAGUAGAAUUUGAUGCUAACAUUGAGACUUGGAAUAUCUUACUGUGUAAUGUUCUAAAUCAUUGUACGAAUACCUAUGUUCAAAUCUGUGACUAUGCUAUCAUCCUUCUUGGAAUAAAAGCGAAUUUAAAGGUUCCAUGACACAGAAAUCAUUCAUUUUAGAAGUAAGCUUUUUUUUACUGUAGUUUUUCGUGCAAAACCCGAAUCUGUCAUCGUUUUCCUCGCUCGGCUUACAGGUUUCGAGUAAUUCCUUGAAAAUGAACUUCAACGGGAACGCCCACUUUAUUUUUGAGAAAAAUCGGCAAAUCGAGCUGUCAAUCAUUGUGACGUCACCUGAAGAACGAUCGAUCGCGUUUGCCCGACUUCCGGGUUUACUAUUCAGCUUUAUUUCGUACACGCUCGCUUGUUACUCAACUUUGCUUCGACGAAUAUUUCAUCCAAUUGCUUCAAUUUUUUUGGUAAUUUUGAGCCAUCAUGCCAUCAUCGGAUUCAUCAGACGUUGAUUCAGGGUCUGAGUACUCGUUUACUGACUCAUCAGAUUCUGGUAGCAGUUCAGGCGAUGAAAUUGAGGGGAUUGUACCUUACAGAUUCGAGCCGGAGGCAGGAUCAGAUGAGGAGGAGGUGGAAGAAGUUGUAGUCGACAACCUACGUCAAGAGAGACUUGAAAACAAUUUCUGGUGUUCAUGCAGUGGGGACUGUGCACCAAUGCCCAUCGUCCGGGAGUGUGUUUGCUGUAAAGAGAUCCCAGAGGUUGUCCAUAAGAUGGAUUCUUUCAACGGUGGUGAACUUGAUUGCAUCACAAACCAUCCAGGCUUUGAGGGGGUUUGUCUCAACCCCUGGGUCCUGGAGACGGCCUAUUUCCACUACCGGCAGCAGUAUGGAGGAGGAGGUCGCAAUGAUGCGACAGAGAAUGAGAAGAACCGUCAUGUGGCUUAUCGUCAACUUGCCCGCUGGUGCUGGGGUUUCCUGGGACGAGCAGUAAGGGUCCCCCUUCCAUCGUGCGCCGUGAGAGUAAUCAGGGAUACCUUCCCAUCAGAAGUCUACCGUGGCUUCCAGGAGCUAUGAUGUAAGCAAGUAAAGCCAGCCCUUUGGAUGUAAGAGACUGUAUGAUGAUCACCUUUUUUUUUUAUUGCAAUCUUAUUGUUUUUUAAUGGUUAUUUUUUUAGAUAAUAAAGUUGAAAAAUAACCAACACUUCAUUGUGUCUUUCAUUAUUUGUUUACUGGUGUGUUACUAGAAAGGAUGUGUCCUGUGCGGUGAUUGUAAAGAUUAUAUGAGAAGUUGAUAUUACUAUUACAGGAAAAAUUAAUGGACUUAUUUAUUAAAUAAUGCAGAUUAUAUAUUUUUUAAAAAUUGUACUUCAGUCAUGUGAAUGAGAGAAUAAGGGGGACAAUUAUUCAAUGAAAAUAAUAGUAUAUGAGAAUGCAUAUUGAAAGAAAAAUUAUUAACAGUGUAUAUGACAUAACUUGUUAGUAGCAUAUCUAGUUGGAGCAAAGGUGCACAUAAUCUACACAUAAGCACCAUAUUUAAUUGCAUUUACCAAGAUAAAACAAAUACCUACAUCCAUAAAAGGUUUGCAUACUUUAAUUGAAUUCAGUAACUAUAGAAACUAUUAUUGGUUGGAAAAGGGUGCAAUUAAUUAGCUUGCCCUUGGCACCAUCUAGACCUGCUACUUUGUUAAAAAUUUGGGAAAAGGUGUGAUUUAUGAAGAGAGAGUACACAUCGAAUGAUAAAACAAUAAAAGUGAGAGUACUGAUGUGAGAUUGGCGAGGGACGAGUGAUUAUGCAAGAAAUUGUAAGAGGAAGGGAAUGAGUUUUUAUUUGUAUGAAGGUGAACUGGUACAAAGCUUUAAGUAGGCAAACGUUCAAAAAGUUGUUGCAAGGGUUCGAGCAAUCUUGGUACGAUAUUGGAUAUCGUGAGACAAGAUCGAGAUCCAGGAUAUUAUGUGAAGAGCACAUGAAUUUUAAAAGAAAAUAUCAAAAUAGGUUUUGAAUCCUCCAUAAUCAGUGCCAACUCUGAGACAUUGAAUCUGUGCAUGAUAAGCUUCAGAUCUGAUCAAGGGAAAGGGGGGAGGGGUGCCACAAUAAUUAUUUAAAAUGUACAAAAAAAAUACAUUAAAUAGAAUUCACAUAAAGCAUUUUUAUCUUUUUACACUUUUCUAUUCUUUAAUAGUUUCACUGUUGGAUCCAGGGGAGGGGACACAGCUGGUCUGUUCCCUCCCCCUUUUGAGAGGCACAAUUAAAAUUUGAAAUGUAAAGAUGCCUUUCUAACACAAGGGUGUCCCUCCUUUUGUAUGCGAGGACCCUUUUUUUUUGGGGGGGGGGGGGCUUGUCAAUUAUUCUCAUGGAUGAAAUGACCUUCGAUUUCAGGUGAAAACCUUUUUUGAGGGGAGGGGGGCUUGUCAAAUAUUCAUCAGAAAAAUGUGCCCCUCCGAUUUGGAAAAUCCUGGAUCCGCCCCUGGUUUCGACUGUUGUACCACACGAAACCCCCCCCCCCACCUAAAAAAAAAUGUGGAUUUGAAUUAUAAGAAAAAAAUCUCGCUAGUAUAAUGGGAAAUUUAAUAGAAAUCAGGAUAAAUAUGAUUUUUUUAUUUUUUCACAAAAUUACAUGCACACACACUUAUCUGUACUUACAAAUGAGAAAAUUUAUGAUGUCACCAACUGUUUUUUCUUCUAAAUAUUAUGACCUAUGCUCUCUUCUUUUUGUUGUUGCCAAUUUGGCAUUAAGCACUCUUCACCCUAUCACAAUAGGUUACAACCAUGGCAUUCCAAGUGUUAGUGAGUUGAUCAAACUGAAUAAUGAAUGUAAUAAAUACAAAAGAAGUGUGUGGCAUCACCUAUUCUCUCAUUUAUAGCAACCAGGAUGUGCAUAUAACUGUUUUGUGAAAUUAGGCGAGACUGUAAAUAUCAUAAAAACUUCAAUCCAAAUAUAAUAUCUUUCAAUUUUAAUAACAAGCGAACUAAAUCUGCUGUCUAAAUGUAAACAUAUCUUCCAGCUACAGCAAACAAUAAGUUUUAUCGAAAAGCAAAAUAACAUCUUUUUAUAGUUUGGUAUAAUACAGGCAAGGUUAGAAACAUGAAAUCUCUUGUUAAAAAAUAGUACAUUGAAUAACACAUCUUUGGCAAAUAUAAGAUAUGAGAAAUAAUACUCCUGAAUAUGAAAUUUACAAAUCACUGGUGUAUUAAUAAAAACGAAUGAGAGUUGUAUUUAUAAAAAUGCAUGAGAGAUGAUUUUUGUGUGAAUAGCUCAAUCAGUCCUUUAUGUAUGUUAUUCAACAGGGAACGGAAGAUGAUCAACAGUGCAUCAGAUCCCUUCUAAUGACAAUAUGAAGUAAAUCCAGAUCAUCAUAACAUAAAGGCAAUAUUGCAAUACAUAAAAUGCAAUACAUGUAUUAAUUCACAACUAUUAACCAAUCAUAAAAGUUGUUUCUGAAUUGCAAUUGAUCGUACACCUUCAAUUUGCUCUAAUGGGGAAGGGGGGUCAAAAUCAAACAACAAUAGUGGAGAAGCAAACAUUGUAAAGUGCAAAUGCAUCUACAAAUGUAAUCAGCUAACGUACCAAGCUAACACAAUUAAUCCCAACUUGCAGUUCAUGGAUGUGCAUAUGUGUAUAUUUACAAGCAUGGUUUUAUAUAUAUGUAAAACUAACAGAUAAUAUUAAUAAAUAAAAUGUAAAAAAUACAUAGCUAAAACAUGUAUAUAGUUUCUUAAUUCCAAUAGUCAUGUAGUCUCAUCUAUAAAAGUGCCACUGAUAGAAAAGAUUGGUCAUGCUUUGGCUAGUAGUGAAAGUAAAAAAUGGCAAGUAAAUAUGACUUGUACUGAAAUGUGACAAAUGAAAACCCUAAAUAUGUCCAUACAAUCAGUAUAAAUUUCUAGCAUCAUGAAAUAUUGCUGUUUGUUUAGGAAUCAAUUAAAUGUACGUAAAGGAUAUAAUCACAUUUUUGUCAUCCGACCAUGAAUGAUGAUUCUCUUUUCUGUAGCACUUGAAAAGAUCAAGGUCUGGAUAUGACAAAAAUAUAUACAAUUUCUUUGAAACACACAGUAUACUUUAUACGACACAAAUAAAAACCUGAAUCAAUUGAGUAAUACUAUUCACAUGCUCAUACUACAACAUGUAACUUUUUCAUAAAAAAUACUUCCAUGUCUAACUUAAUUGCUACAUUGAAAGUACAUUUUGUAGACCAGAUUACUUUUCCCUACAUUUAUACAUAUCUUUAAUUAAAGUUCUGGCAAUAAAUACACAUUUUUU